CAUAGAGCAUUUCAGGCGCGAACAAUCCAUACAUAUAUCACCGCCUUGCCAGCACAACAUGUAUUUCUAUUAGUUUAUCUGUCCAUCUAUAUCUCAGACGUCUUUUUAUAUAUAGCAUGCUAUUAGAUACAUUCGGCAUCAUGGAACGAACCAAGAAACUGCAGUCAAUUUCAGAAGAUUUUGAUGUACCGAAAAAUGCGCCACUAGAGGCAGAGAAGAGACGGCCGAGUCAACAACAACUACAGAAACCAUGGAGUGCUUUCGAGGUGGCCAAGGCUGUAUCUGUACUGGGAGCUGGAACAGGGGUUGGUAUAGCGACGGUUACAGUGACGACUAUUGUUGCGACCGUGUUCAUCUUUGUGAUGCUGGUGGUGUUCGUAUUUUUCGUGCUGAGGAACGUCGUGGUGGGAAGUGUUUCACGGCUGUCGAGUAAGCCGGAGAUACGCAUGCGAAGAGAGCAUAGUAAUGUCACAGUUGGCUACGCGGCCACGCAACAGAGGGGCAAUAACGGUGUGCAGAAGGACAGGGGUAUGCAAAGAUCGCCUAAGAAAGAGGACAGUGCGAAAUGUGCGAAAAGUAGCUGGUAUUGAACGCGUUUGAUAGAAGUAACGUGAUGAUAAGUUAACUUGUCGUUAUGGUUGUUAAUUUGGGCAUGGAAGGAGUCUUGCAUGGUCAUGAUUUGCUUUGGGCGCGUAACCGUCGUUUCAGGAUGCACUCUUGCCGAGAAAAACCGACUCUUAAACGUUCUCAUUCUACAAACCUCGAAAUCCAGCAACUACAACCCAAAUAUAGACGUCAGGCUGAGUGUCGUUUAUUGGCAUAUGAAGGAAUGC